UAAGUGGAGUCCAUUAGAGUAUAAAGUUUUUAAAAAAACUGAUUUUAUACAUUAAUGAUUUCAAAUAAAAGAGAAGUACUAUAUUUGUGCACGGCUUCUUUUGAGAAAGUUAAGUCGAUGUUCUGGUUAGGAGAGAUAACACUUUUUGUCCCUCUUGGUGGCCCCCCUAGUGUCACCAUUAGUUGCUAAUUACUUGCAAACAAAUAAACAAUUAACUCCUCGUGCCUCUUGGUGGGAGAGUUUUCAUUGACAUGCUAAAACUUUCUAAUAAAAGAUUUUAAUUAAUGACGUUGCAAAUCCAACCCCCUUGUCAACAUAUCUAUAAGGAGGACUUGUGGAGAAACGCAAGUACAGUGUACAUGCAGUGCUGGCUGGAGGUGAAAGCAUGGCAAGUACAUCGCUAUGUGCUGCUAGUACAUCAGCAUCUCAGAAUCUUCGUACAGUGUCUGGUUUUGUAGAAAAUAAAACCACACAGUGCUCGUUUUCCAUUGAAAGUAUUUUGGGACUGGAGCAGAAAAAAGAUGUCAUUCCAGCUGUGAAGCCUCACAGACCAUGGAUGGAUGCAUGCACCAACUUGGUUUUAGGUGACGACAGUAAUCCCCAUCUGCAAAUCCCUGUUGUUUGCUAUGAAAAUCCAUUAUUUUGUGCUAACGGUAAUCCAGUGCAAGAGGAAAAAGUUUUGAAAUGUGAAAAAUAUUUUUCAGUCACUGAGAGGCUAUCUUUCAAACGAGAAUUGAGCUGGUACAGGGGCAGAAGACCAAGAACUGCAUUCACUAGAAACCAGAUUGAAAUUCUGGAAAAUGUUUUUAAAGUGAACUCCUACCCUGGCAUUGAUAUUAGAGAAGAACUAGCUAGCAAAUUAGAUUUAGAUGAAGACAGGAUCCAGAUCUGGUUCCAGAACCGUCGUGCAAAGCUGAAAAGAUCACACCGAGAAUCUCAGUUUCUAAUGGUGAAAAAUACUUUCACCUCCAGCCUGCUAGAGUAGAAAGGAUGGUUUGCUGUUAUGGUACUACAAUAGAACCCGAAGACUUAUUGAAAUUUUCAUAACUUGUUUUAAGUAAUGAUGAUAUAUUAAUUAUUAUUUUAUCCCCAGAUUUGAAAGUUUAUUAUAAUUUUCAUUCAAAUAAACUGUAAAUACUUGAAAUAUUAUUAUAAACUACUUUUUGUGGAAGAAGUGAACUUUUCCUAUAUAUUUUAAUAAAUAUUUUCAGAAAAGUUUAGAUAUUUCUGCAGCUUAAAAAAAAUCCAAACCCUAGGUUGCAGAAGAUUUUCAGCUACUGUGAAUUACUGCAGCUUAA